AUGGGGGAACUCUUCAGGAGCGAGGAGAUGACGCUGGCGCAGCUCUUCCUCCAGUCAGAAGCAGCCUACUGCUGCGUCAGUGAGCUGGGCGAGAUCGGGAUGGUGCAAUUCCGUGAUUUGAAUCCUGACGUGAACGUUUUUCAGCGCAAGUUUGUCAACGAGGUGCGUCGUUGCGAGGAAAUGGACCGCAAACUGAGGUUUGUGGAGAAGGAGAUUAAAAAGGCAGACAUCCCGAUCGUCGAUACUGGAGAGAACCCUGAAGUGCCUUUUCCGAGAGACAUGAUCGAUUUGGAGGCCACAUUUGAGAAACUCGAGAACGAACUGAAGGAAAUCAACACCAACCAGGAGGCCUUGAAGAAAAACUUCCUGGAGCUGACCGAGCUCAAGCACAUUCUGCGUCGCACGCAGCAGUUUUUCGAUGAGAUGGAAGACCCCACUCUGCUGGAGGAGUCGUCCACACUUCUGGACCCCAACGAGGUCAAUCGAGGGGCUCCGCUCAGGCUUGGAUUCGUGGCUGGGGUUAUCGGAAGGGAGCGCAUCCCGACAUUUGAAAGGAUGCUUUGGAGAGUUUGCAGGGGGAAUGUGUUCCUGAGGCAGGCAGAGAUCGAAGACCCUCUGGAAGACCCUACUUCGGGCGAUCAGGUCCACAAGUCCGUCUUCAUCAUUUUCUUCCAGGGAGACCAGCUGAAGAACAGAGUUAAGAAGAUUAGUGAGGGCUUUCGGGCGACAUUAUAUCCAUGUCCAGAAACACCUCAAGAGAGGAAAGAGAUGCUCGCAGGUGUGAACGCUCGCAUCGAUGACCUGCAAAUGGUUCUGAAUCAGACCGAGGACCACAGGCAGAGAGUCCUGCAGGCGGCGGCCAAGGCGGUGCGCGUGUGGUUCAUCAAAGUGAGGAAGAUGAAGGCCAUCUACCACACCCUCAACCUGUGCAACAUCGACGUCACUCAGAAGUGUCUCAUUGCGGAGGUGUGGUGUCCCGUCUCCGACCUGGACUCCAUACAGUUUGCUCUGCGCAGAGGCACGGAGAAAAGCGGCUCCACGGUGCCUUCCAUCCUAAACAGAAUGCAGACAAAGCAGACCCCUCCUACCUAUAACAAGACAAACAAGCUCACUUCCGGAUUUCAAAACAUCGUCGACGCCUACGGAAUCGGCAGCUACCGCGAAAUCAACCCAGCGCCAUACACCAUCAUCACCUUCCCCUUCUUGUUCGCCGUCAUGUUCGGCGACCUGGGCCACGGCGUGCUCAUGACCUGCGCCGCUCUCUACCUCGUCUUGCGAGAGAGCAGGCUGAUCGCCCAAAAAAAUGACAACGAGAUGUUCAGUAUGGUGUUCGCGGGGCGAUACAUCAUCCUGAUGAUGGGAAUCUUCUCCAUCUACACGGGUAUCAUCUACAACGACUGCUUCUCCAAGUCGCUGAAUGUUUUCGGCUCGGGCUGGAGCGUACGGCCCAUGUUUGACGCCCGCGUGGGAGGCAACUGGACGACUGAAACACUUCAAGGCAACAAAGUUUUGCAGUUGGAUCCAGCCAUAGCUGGCGUCUUCAAGGGGCCGUACCCAAUAGGAAUUGAUCCGAUCUGGAAUAUCGCAACGAACAAGCUGACGUUCUUGAACUCCUUCAAGAUGAAGAUGUCAGUCAUCCUGGGUGUCAUCCACAUGCUGUUUGGAGUCACUCUUAGCCUCUUCAACCACCUUUAUUUCAAGAAGCCACUGAACAUCUACUUGGGAUUCAUCCCCGAGAUCGUCUUCAUGGCCAGCCUCUUCGGCUACCUGGUGCUGCUUAUCUUCUACAAGUGGCUGUCGUAUGACGUGCGGCUGUCGCGUGACGCGCCGAGUCUCCUGAUCGCCUUCAUCAACAUGUUUCUUUUCAACUACAACGACCCGACCGUCAAGCCUCUGUACACGGGACAACAAGCCCUACAGACGCUCCUGGUGCUCAUUGCCUUGGCAUGUGUUCCUUGCAUGUUGAUAGUGAAAACUCUGGUCCUACGGAGACAAUAUUUGUGGCGUAAAAACCUGGGUACACAGAAUUUCGGAGGCAUCCGGGUGGGCAACGGGCCCACCGAGGACGAAGCGGAAAUCAUCCAGCACGACCAACUGUCGCAACACUCUGAGGAUGAGCCUGAGCGUUGCCUUCUGUCGUCUGCUUUCAAGGCCCGCGAGGAGGAACAGUUCAACUUUGCAGAUGUUGCCGUGCACCAAGCAAUACACACCAUUGAAUACUGCCUGGGUUGUAUCUCCAACACGGCCUCUUACCUUAGGCUUUGGGCCCUCAGUCUGGCUCAUGCACAGUUAUCUGAAGUUCUGUGGUCCAUGGUUAUGCACAUCGGCUUGUCCUCACGCGGCCUGGGCGGCUUCUUACUGCUCGCCAUCGUCUUCUACUUCUUCGCUGUACUCACAGUGGCCAUCCUGCUCAUCAUGGAGGGCCUGUCCGCAUUCCUGCACGCACUAAGGCUGCACUGGGUGGAGUUCCAGAACAAGUUUUACUCGGGUCAGGGCUUCAAGUUCCUCCCGUUCACCUUCGAAAGCAUCCUGGAUGGGAAGUUUGAAGACUGA